GCAGCCGCCGGUGCCCGGUCCCUAGGUCCUCGGCCGCCUCUCCUCCCGGUGCACAUCGCCUGCCAAGACAGCAAAGCCGCCGCAGAAGUUGCUGGGCGUAAAUAAGACUCCGGAGGCAUUGGCUCCGUAACUUUUCACGUCAUUUUCUGCUCCGGAGCCCCUCGCGCCCGCCGGCUUGGCAGUUCCCACGGCACAUCACCAGUGCUCAUGGGGCAGGGGAGGAGCGGCCUGCAGCGCUGAGCGGAACCGGACCGGGGCCCGUGAUGUCCGGCACCAAGCUGGACGACUCCCCGCCUUGUCGCAACUGGUCAUCUGCCUCGGAGCUGAAUGAAACUCAAGAGCCCUUUUUCAACCCCACCGACUAUGACGACGAGGAAUUCCUGCGGUACCUGUGGAGGGAGUACCUGCACCCGAAAGAAUAUGAGUGGGUCCUCAUCGCCGGGUACAUCAUCGUGUUCGUGGUGGCUCUCGUCGGCAACGUCCUGGUUUGUGUGGCAGUGUGGAAGAACCAUCACAUGCGGACAGUAACCAACUACUUCAUAGUCAACCUUUCCCUGGCCGACGUGCUGGUGACCAUCACCUGCCUUCCAGCCACGUUAGUCGUGGACAUCACUGAGACCUGGUUCUUUGGACAGUCCCUCUGUAAAGUGAUUCCUUACUUACAGACCGUGUCAGUAUCUGUGUCUGUCCUCACCCUGAGCUGCAUUGCUUUGGAUCGAUGGUACGCGAUCUGUCACCCUUUGAUGUUCAAGAGCACAGCCAAGCGGGCCAGGAACAGCAUUGUCAUCAUCUGGAUCGUCUCCUGCAUCAUAAUGAUCCCGCAGGCCAUCGUUAUGGAGUGCAGCACCAUGCUCCCUGGCUUAGCCAAUAAAACCACUCUCUUUACAGUGUGUGAUGAGCGCUGGGGCGGUGAAAUUUAUCCCAAGAUGUAUCAUAUCUGUUUCUUUCUGGUGACAUACAUGGCACCACUGUGUCUUAUGGUGUUGGCCUACCUGCAGAUAUUUCGUAAACUUUGGUGCCGACAGAUCCCUGGAACAUCAUCUGUAGUUCAGAGAAAAUGGAAGCCCCUACAGCCUGUUUCACAGCCUCGAGGGCCAGGACAGCAGACCAAGUCCAGGAUUAGUGCUGUGGCUGCUGAAAUAAAGCAGAUCCGAGCCAGACGGAAAACAGCCCGGAUGCUGAUGGUUGUGCUUUUCGUGUUUGCAAUUUGCUAUCUACCAAUUAGCAUCCUCAAUGUGCUAAAGAGAGUAUUUGGGAUGUUCACCCACACGGAAGACAGAGAGACUGUGUACGCCUGGUUUACCUUUUCACACUGGCUUGUAUAUGCCAACAGUGCUGCGAACCCAAUUAUUUAUAAUUUUCUCAGUGGAAAAUUUCGAGAGGAAUUUAAAGCUGCAUUUUCUUGCUGUUGCCUUGGAAUUCACCAUCGCCAGGAGGAUCGGCUUGCCAGGGGACGAACGAGCACAGAGAGCCGGAAAUCUCUGACCACACAGAUCAGCAACUUUGAUAACAUAUCAAAACUCUCCGAGCAAGUUGUGCUCACCAGCAUAAGCACACUCCCAGCAGCCAAUGGGGCAGGACCGCUUCAAAACUGGUAGAAUGUUUAUUCAUAUGACAGGGAUAUCUGAGGAAAACUAUCCUUUUUUUAAAUAUCUGUACACAGAAAUUUUAUGAUCUUAAAGAUAUGAAGGUAAAAUGACUUUGUGGACCCAUUUUUUUUUUAACUAUGGCUCUUUGGAAAUAAAAAAAGUUAGUUUAAAAUAAUUUCUCAAUUUUUGAUUUAAACUUGUUAGAAAGCUAACCUUCACUGAACUUACAUCAGGCUAUUUCACUUUUUGUUUCAGGCAUUAGGAUUUGUGUCAAUGAAAUGUCAGAACAUUUCUAAUUUGAAUUGUUAUUUCAAUCUUUCACCUUCAAAUUGGUUGCAAAGAAUUACUAAAAAUUAUCCACUAAUUUUUUUUCUUUUUUUCUUUUUGGCUACUAAAAGAAGUAGCAAUCACUAACUCUGAAUUAACAACAAACUUCUUAGUUGACUUUAUAGUUUAAAAAAAACCCACAAAGACUAUCAUGAUGUAACAUCUGAGAGAAUAUUUAUGUACACUACAGCAUAUUAGAUAACAAAAAGCUACCUUUUAAAAACUACUUAAAAAUAUACACUCUUAACCUUUAUUUUCCAUUAAUUUUGUCACUCAUUUACACAAUUUUCUCAGGUUUGUAACCUUAUCAUUGCUAACAUUUCUCAUCUCAACAUAUGGCCAGUAAGACUGUAUUAAAACAAAAACUUUGGAGGAACUACAAAUACAUAAUCAUUUCAUCUCUAUGAAAAGACUUCAGCAUUUAAGAAUAGAUAAAAUCACAGUAUUAUAUUCUUCUAACUGAUAAAAAUGACAUAGUGGGCCAUGCUGGAACAAAUGAAGAAGGCACUUUACAAAGAAAAAUGGACAACUGAAUCACAGUGGGACCCCAUAUUGGACAGGUUAAUUUCAUGGAGGUUUGAUGGCAAAUAUUGGUACUUAUUUAGUUUUUAUAAACAUUCUUCAAAUACUUGCUAGAAAGCACCCAUUGUACUAGGUGCUAGGGAGUGAGGUAGGGAUCUAUACAAAUGUGCCUUCAGAAGAGCUCGAGGCUACUGAGGGAGACAUGUGUUCACGGAGUCUGCAAGGGCAGCAGUCCUCUCUGGGGAACAGAUUAGGACACCAUGGGCAAAGCAGUGAAGCAUGAGCAAAGUUCCUCACCAGGACAUUGCAGUAAAGCUGUCACUUGGGGUUUCUAGUUAAUUACAGUGACACUGUCAAUAUCAGCAGAUUCCACCCGAGCCUGCAGCUAAGAGCCAGGUGGUUAGAAUGGAGGUGACUGUUCUUCACUCACACACAAAUGAGUAGGAAUAUUGUAUAUUUUGUACAAAUGUGAGAGCUGGGAUUCAAAGCAUUGAAUAUUUCACGUUUGUUCCUCUGCAAAAUUCUUCUGAUUCAGUGAGUCACUUUAAUAUUGAAGUUCAAGAAAUAUUCAUGAGAGGUUGCUCUUAUUAGACUACAGCAGCAGGUGUUCUUAUUUUAUUGAAACAAAACAGAUGGAGAAUACUACUUGUGAAAAAUUUUCAUAGAAGAUAAAAAUCAUCUUGUUCUUUUCUUUUUUCCCAACCCAUCGCUUUCAGAAAGAAGUAAUUCAGUAAAAUUAUCCACAAAUUGUUUUCCUACUUUAGCAUUUGGGAUUGCCUUGUGCUUUUCACUACUCAAAGCAAAAAGUACCCUUGCAUAAGAGGUUUAUCAAAAUUAUAUCACUAAUUACAAGAAUAAUAAUGAAAGCAAAAUAUUGUCUCUCCUUUCUACCCUUUAUACAUUUGAGAAUUUUUUAAAUUUAUGCUGCACGAAUUGAGAGUCGGUUUUCAGGUUGUGAUGGAAGCUAGCACUUUAAAUAGUUUGAGGAUAACUUCAAAAAUUGUUGAUAAUAUGCCUUAAUAGCUAAGCAUAAUAAGAGCUAAAUUCCUUAGACCCUAAUGUAUCUAGUUCUUUAUCAUGUAAGAAGGAAAAAGAGAGCCAGUGAGUGGCUCAGAGAGGUGGCUCUUGUGUGGUUGUACAUUGAAGACAGACUCAUAAGACAGAGUUCCUUUGCUCUAAAUCAGUGAUUCUCGAAGAAUAGUUCCUGAAACAUCAGGAUCAUCUGAGAACUUAUUGGACAUCAGAUUUCCACCCUCUAUCCCAAAUCUGCUGAAUCUGAAACUUUGGGUGUGGUACCCAGGAAUCUGUAUGUUAACAAGUCCUACAGGUGAUUCUGAGGUACCUUAAAAUUUGAGAACCACUGCAUCAAAUAAUACCUCCAAAUAAUACCUGGCACCUGCUAAUUAGCUCAUGUGAAAUAAAGUAUUUUACUGCACAGGUAUCUACAACAGGGACCACCACUACCGUCAGCCUGGUUGGAGGUCUAGGCGAAGAGGCUGAGCAUCAGCAUUGAAUGUCACUCAGUGCCAUCUCACUCAAAGAGAUAAUGGUUUGUGAAACAACCGCUCCUGUGUUACAAGUGCCGUGUGAAGGAGACUUGUCUGAAAGCACUUGUGUGCUUUAUGGCUGCCUUGAUGACUUCAGUUUCUAACUAAAUCUUUCAAAUUUCCAAUUCUAUUGGUACUUACUAAGGCUAAGUUUGGCGGAAGCAGACCGUUUCUAAGAAUGAUCAUUGUCUGAAAGGAAAACAAACACCAAUACUUACGAGAAACUGUGGGAAUGGAGUAAUAGACCAUGCACAUUGCUCUCAACACGUUGGCACAGGAAUUCUCAGAAGUCUGGAUUUAGUAUGGCUACCUUACUAGGACACGUGGUAAAGAAACUGGUGUUCCCAAAACUUGCCCAUCUGGUGGAACAAAGAGUCAACAACUUACCUCAUUAUGUGCUAAUAACACAAAUGAGAACACUUCUUAUGAAAGGAAUGUGUUGCGAUUAUUUUGUGCUCUACAUAGAAUAUGUAUCUUUUUUUGCUAUAUUUCAAAUAUUUAAUGUACAAUGUCAUUAAUGUUACUGAAAUUUUGUUAUCAGUUAGGAUGAGAAUAAUUUUAUCUGACAUAGAAUCCUUUUGAACUUCAUUAUUUCUGAAUUUCUACAAACUCAUGAAAACUUUUAUAUUUUACUUCAUUCUUGGCAAAAGAUGACUGCCAGUUUCUAAGACAGUGACUUCUAAAUUAUCCAAGGCUUGGAGCAUUUCUUGAAUAUUAAAUAACUGUUACAAAUCCUUGAUGAGUUAAUUGCCAAAGUGUUGGGCACAGUAAUAUUAAGUUUCACUCCCAGUGUACAUUGUUUUAUUGAAGACACAGGUAAAUAUCUAAUCUGAAGAAUGUAGUCUGAAUAUACAUAACCCUAAUUUUCAGAACGACCAAUCCCAAAGAUGCUUAUGGAUACAAACUGUGAAGAGGGCUAUUAUUAUUUUAAUAACUGGCAUAAUCAUAGUGUUUUGCACUUGAUAUAAGUCAUCAUACUAAUCAACUGCACUUCAAAAAAUAUAUGUGUAGUCGGUCAUUACAAUUAGAAAGCUUUUCAAUUCCAGUUAAUUUUACAAUGGAUAACUUCUUUUCUACUUCUUACAAGUUGUAAGUCAAAAAAAAAGGUUAUGUGCAAUUAGUUUUCAAAUGGCAUGAAGCAAAGAAAUAAAUUUUUUAGAGACAAUAUGUAAACAGAGAAAAUACUGUUAAUUUAGGUCUAUUACCUUAUGUACCUCAGAAAAUGGAGUGCAAAGGCGUGAAGCUCACUGUUAUCCCAAAUUCAAAGGGGAUUGUUUUCUAGACCAUAAGUACAGUCAGAAAGGGGACAAGAACUCCCUUCCACUUGCCACGUAUUUCUAUGAUCUUACAUUUCUUUAUAAGCGCUGGAGUUACAAUGUCUUUAAGGUUUUCAUGAAAUGUAUUUGUAUAAGUGUUGUAAUCUCAUCUGUGUAACAUCAUGUCACUUGUUUAACAAUUAUCUUACACACUUAAACCUCUUUAUGCCUGAUUUACUGUGUCUUCAUGAAGAAACUUCUUAUCAAAUCCAAUGUGAUUAUACAUGAACUAUAGUAAAGGAUGCUUGUUACAUAGUUUUUAAGUAAAAACCACAUUGACAAUUCUAUAAUCACAUUCACAUUGCUCUAUUUUAUGAAAAAUCUUGUUGAUUAGAUAAGUUGGAUGUUCACUCACAGCUAAUGUCGAAGCGUCGCAUUUCAGGAUUGAAUUAAGCCCUCGGGUACAGUAUUUAAUGACCAAAAUAUUUUUCCCAUUAAGUUAUAUAACCAGGGAUAAUCAUGAUAUAAAGGGUUUUUAAUGCUUUUUAGAGCAGGUACUACGAAAAAGAUGGCUAAGAUUAAUACAGAAAUAUUUCAUAAAAAUUAUGUAAUACCACAUAUAUAUAUAGCAUUACAUUUUAGAGCAUUUAUUUGAGCCAAGAGAUUUAAUCUUGUUUUGACUUAGAGGAAAUGAUGACCUUGUGAUUUUUAAUUUAUUAUUAGACUAGUAAGCACUGCAUUUAUGUAAUUAAGUAAUU